AUGUUUGGCGCCACGCAGCCUACAUCUCUGUUUGGCGUCGGACAAACUCAACAACAAAUGCAGCACCCACAGCAACCGCAGCAACCGCAACAACCGCAGCUGCCGCGAGCCCUUAUGGAGCUGAUUGACCGUUUAAACCCCAUGCGCAACGAAUCAAGCAUGCACGCCGCUCUCUAUAAUGUCGUAAGUCCAUCUGACGUGUCCCGCUACGGGCGACCAGCGGCAAUGAACGAAAGUCUGUGGGACGCCGCCGUGGCAAAUAACCCAGAUCCGUCGCGCAUGGUGCCAGUGCAAGCAAAUAAUUUUGACGACCUUCUACGAAGAUCCGAGAUGCAAACGCAGCGCAUCCAAGAACAUGGCGCCGUGCUUUCGCAGAUCGAGGAAGGACUGAGUCAGAUGGAAAGUGCAGUGGAGGGCGAUGUGACUACAAGGCUGGCGACAUACCGAAGACGGCAUCGCGAGCUGGCGAGAAAGUUGCUGCGCCUAGCGAGUGUAGUGGAUAUGGAGACCGCGCGGGGCGAUCGAGCCACGCUCACAGUGGGUGAGGCAGAGAGGAGGAAGAAGGUAGUAGCCAUUGCUAGGGCGCUAGCGGAGCCCGCCGAGUUUAAGGACAAGCUGGCUGACUUGGUUGAGUUGGGGGAGAGCCAUGUGCUAGAGAGGAGGGCUAGAAAGGACGUGGAGAUUAGGGAUGUUCGGGCUGCUGGAGCGAUCAGGAAUUUGUUAGGUGAGCAGCUUAAGGGAAUUGAGCAUCUGGCGAAGGUUUGUGAGAAGGCGAAGAGGGACCUGGAUAUUGUGACGGAGGGCGUGGGUGAACGGUAA